AUGACGGAAGAAAAUUCGCAAUCGACGCCCUGGUGGGAGCAGCUUCGACAUGAAAUGCCGGUCACGGAGAAUUGGGUCUAUUUCGAUCACGCGGCCGUCGCCCCGCUGCCCGAAGUCGCGCGAAAGACCAUCGUUGCCUGGGCUGAAGAGGCCACCAAUUGCGGCGACCCGGUCUGGCCCCAGUGGCGGGCGGGGCUUGAGUCGCUCCGUGGCGGGCUCACUAAACUCAUCGGUGCCGACGAAGACGAAGUCGCCCUCAUUCGCAACACCACCGAAGGCAUCUCGCUCGUGGCCGAAGGCUUCCCCUGGCAGCCCGGCGACAAUGUGGUGACGCUUGAUGAUGAAUUCCCGUCGAAUCAGUUUCCCUGGAUGAACCUCGCCCGACUGGGGGUCGAAACCCGCCGUGUGUCGCCCGAGAACGGUCGGGUCAACCUCGAUACCGUAGCGGCCGCCUGCGAUGACCGAACCCGCAUCGUCACGAUUAGCUGGGUGGGCUACGCCUCAGGAUGGCGAAACGAUGUCGAUGCACUUUGCGAACUAGCCCACAGCCGAGGGGCGUUGUUGUUCCUCGAUGCGAUUCAGGGGCUGGGCGUCUUCCCCUUGGACGUGAAGCAAACACCGGUCGAUUUCUUGGCCGCCGACGGGCACAAGUGGAUGUUGGGUCCCGAGGGGGCCGGCGUGUUUUACAUCCGCCGCGAACUGCUUGAUCGCCUGACACCCUUGGGCGUGGGCUGGAACAGCGUUGUUUCCUCCGGCGAUUACACGCGUGUUGAGUUGGAACUCAAACCUUCAGCACAACGUUACGAGGGCGGCUCGUACAACAUGGUCGGCCUGCUCGGGCUGGGGGCAAGUGUCGAUCUUCUGGCCCGUUAUGGCCCGGAGAAGAUCUCCCAACGGGUGCUCGAAAUUACCGAUCGUUUCUGCGAACGGAUCGAACAACUCGGCGCCGUGGUUCACAGCGAUCGCAGCGAGCAGCGAAGCUCCGGUAUCGUCGCUUUCGAAACCCCUGGUCACAGCCACGUAAAACUCCGCCAACACUGCAUGGACCAAGGCAUCGUCCUCAGCGUCCGCGCCGGCCGCCUCCGCGCCGCACUUCAUGCCUACAACAACGAAGACGAUAUCGAACGCUUCGCCGAGGCCGUGUACACCGGGUCGUUCGACCCCAUUACGCUCGGGCACUUGAACGUGAUCGAACGGGCCUCGAAGCUCGUCGACCGGCUGAUCGUUGGUGUGGCCGUGCAUGGCGGUAAGAAGACCAUGUUCACCAUCGACGAACGCGUCGAGCUGGUGAGACGAACCACCGAACACAUCCCCACGGUUGAAGUGCAGAAAUUCAGCGGACUGGCCGUGCGGUUUGUUCGCAAAUCUGGGGCUCGCGUGAUGGUGCGUGGUGUUCGUCCGCUGACCGACAUCGCCGCCGAAUUCACCAUGAUGUUGGCCAAUCGCCAUCUCGACCCCAACAUCGAAACCGUGUUCCUGGCCUCAGACGAAGAGUUCUCCCACGUCUCCAGUUCGCUCAUCAAGCAAAUCGCCCCCCUGGCCAGCGAUCAGGAACUCGCCACCUUCAUCCCCUCGCAGGUAAUCGACGAACUGCGCAAAAAGUUGGCCCGCGAAGAAGACGAGUAG